AUGCCAGGAACCCGCCGCUACCCACCGGAUCGCAUCCGGUACGCCACCUACAUCUGGCCAGCAGACUGGCAGCCAGACACAACAUCAACAUCAACAUCAACAUCAACAUCAACAUCAACAUCAACAUCAACAUCAACCUCAAUAACAUCAUCUAAUCACUACGACCUACAACAACAGCAGCAACAGCAGCAGCAAGAAAACUACACCUGCUGCAUCCGCCCCUCCUCAUACUACUACGUAACACCCAGCCCCGAAGCUUUCCAACGCCACCGUUUCGUUCUCUCCCGCUGCGAACAGCUCGAUCCUUCGCUUCUCCAUCGUCACGGCUACAGCCAACUCAUAAGCGACGCCACGAGCGUAGUCCUCUGGGCGAUUUGGACACACCUCGUUUAUGAUGCCGAUUUGGUGUACAUGAGCGUCGAUUACUUUUGCUGGAAAACAGUCCCAAACGAACCCUUCCCCUUCGCCUCCCACCCGCCUAUCAAAACCGGACCGCCCUACAGCGACGUAGUUCAGUACUUCCUCUGCCGCGGCUCUGCAUGCGACGACGGAUUGCAUUCAUGUUUACAAAUUAUUUUUACUACGAAUGCAUACAUGAACUGCAGUAGCAACAGUAGCAGGUACCACACCCGCUGGAAGAUGCAGCAGGCCAUUCGGGACAUCUUCACCGGAGGAGGACAGGGGUAUUUGGUGGGUUAUGGCGGGAAUUCCACUUGUCAUGUCUGCGGAGGACCUGGGGUGAACUUGACUAUGAGAGUGCACACAAACAUGCCGCUGGUGGUUCCAAAUUGUGCGUGUAUACUACCCUGGCCGGUACCCAACUACGUAACUUGUCGGUAG